GCCAGACCCUUUGGGAUAACGCGACGGGACUGUGGGAGGCGAAUUGCUUGCGUUGCCGUUACUGGAGGCCUGCCAAGGGGUUCCAAUUAUGGCUUUCAGGUACAAAAGGACUUGGAUCUCCCUCAAACCUUGAAGAGACGGUUUGCGGCUCUUGACAGCGUUAUGAACAUUGCGAGCUUGCCGCUGCCUGGCUCUGAUGUCCGACUGUGAGCUUUUGAUUAGAGACUCCACUUACUGUCCUGAUGCAGCACUCGCCCAACCACCCAUUGUUUCUGAGAUACCAAUUGCCUUGAGGUGGACGUGGGCUACAUAUAUAUUGAAACCUGACUCCAGUGUGCUGUAGUAUUGUUGGUCAAGGGUCUCCCAUACUGGCGAUUUCAUCAUGUACCUAGACUAUCUGCUGAAGAAAGGGUAUCAGAUAUCUACACACUGUCGUCAUAGCUUCCAUCCGGCUUGUCUUUGCAGCUGAGUGGAGUGAAGAGGUCAUGCGGCCCGUGCCAGCAGGGAUAACAGCGAGCGCGGUGCUACCCAAACUUGCAAAACAGCCCACAGCCGCCAAGUCCCCCAAUACCAGCCAGCGCUUCCAAGCCAGUGCUCAGCGGCACAAAAACAGACACAGACCCUCCAGGCCAACCACGGCGCAUGUUACAAUCAGAUGGUCUCGACGAACUCGACCUCGCAGGAGAAGCAACAUGUGUCGUAUGCUUAAGUAAAACACUAUCGAAUGCUCCGCCGUCAUCGCCGAGUUGACCAUGCGCUGGCAAUUCUGGAAUUUCGAUCGCUUUUCUGCAUGCUCGCCAGCACUCUCGACCGCCCGAUCGCUUUGAUUGAAUGACUUCGCUCGCUGGAUGUUGCUUCAUCCCCACUUGUUGACGCUCCUCUAGAUCGACGGCAGAGUUGAAUAGCCUCUGCUCGAUCGUUUUGAUAAUGGCAUCUGCGAGCCUCCCGCGCUCCAGUUCCAAUGUUUCUGAACCUCGCGCUUCCCUCAGGUCGCGAAGCAGCGUUGCCGCUUCCAACACCACUCGACACCAUACACCACGAUCCCUGCCACCAUGGAUAGACUCCUACGAAGCACGGUACGGGUCGCCGACCGAAGACCAGCUCCGCGCACUUGACUGCCCCCCUCCCCGGGCCGCGCACUCUCACCACAAUCAUUCCCCCAGCCAGCCCCAACGACGGAUCUCCAAAGAUGGCUACGUGUACGAUUUUGGAGGCGUGUUACCUACCGAUGAGGCACCGAGGACCUCGCGAGCAAGGUUACGAAAAUUCAUUUUGCGCAAAGAUGCUGCGGAGCGAGGGAGGAAAUGGGACCACUUGCGCUCAGCCGAGCCUGUGAUUGUGCCUCGAUAUAGCCGGGCAACACCCACCUCACCAUGGCGAAGCUAUCUGCAGUCAUCUCGAUACGGCCAUCUUCCAGGGGAACAUGCUCAGAUCGUUGACCCCGAGGUGCUUAAAGAGCUCCAGCCCAGCUUCGAUAACCCCAUUGAGCCGCCACGACUUCUCGACUCAGCCGGAAACCGGUCCGCAAGGAACAAACUGCUCUACAAGAGAGCUUGGCGGGUCAUCUUACAACACCCAUUGGUGCCUUUGGCUUUCCGCCUUACGGUUCUCCUCACCUCCAUAGUGGCUCUCGCCCUCUCAGCCAAGAUCUUCCAAAUAGAAAACGGCGAGACGGAAACAAACACUUCGGAACGGACACAGUCCAUUGUCGCUAUCGUGGUAGAUACGGUAGCGGUCCCCUAUAUCGGCUACAUGACAUGGGAUGAAUACACUGGCAAGCCCUUGGGACUGCGGCCAGCCACACAGAAGAUUUCGCUUGUCCUGAUGGACUUGUUUUUCAUUAUAUUCAAAUCCGCAAGCACAACACUGGCCUUCGAGGCCCUCGUCUUUCACAACUCCUUGGACCGUCAGGUGAGCCAAUACAGUCAAGCGUUGGCUGCGUUUCAGACCGUCGGUUUGAUAUCAUGGAGCUUCACUUUCACCGUGAACGUAUUCCGCCUCGUACAAAAGCUGGGAGGGGGCGAAGACGAACGUAGAUAGGGAUCUGGGAUGAGUGAGCUCCUCAGAUGGCGAGAGGCAAGAUUCGGAUCAUGGAGCGAGAUUUUUCCAACUUAAGGGUGUAGAGGUGGGAAUGUGGGGGCUGGGUUUGGGCGGGAAAGGUUUCUCUUCUCUUUUCUUUCUUUUUUUUCUUGGGAAGGAUAGCAGUAUACCCUCAGCGUUCGACACAGGAUCGGACAACAUAAUCUACUUUCUAGAAUAUUGUCGAGUCUUGGAUGAGAUUGAAUGGUAGCGGAAUCGUCAAAACAGC